CCCUACAUAACUUCGGCAUCUGCCCUUGAACCUGAAUUUAAGCAGCCCCUCGGCCUUGUGCCGCGUUUCCUCCCGGAGGGUGAAUUUCCCCAUGGCAGCGACAUCCCCAUUUGGAAGCCAGUCCUUCUUCCUGGGGCUCAUCUGCCUUUUUCUCCGUCGCCAGGGUCGGACUCCAAAAUGAGGGAGGUUUGUGCCGGCUGCGAGACGCCCAUCGCGGACCGGUUCCUCCUGCGAGUGAAUGAGCGUUCCUGGCACGAAGGCUGCGUGAAGUGUGCCGCCUGUCUCCAGCCUCUGUCGGGCACCUGCUACUGUCGCAACCGGCAGCUGUACUGCAAGCACGACUACGAGAAGCUCUUCCAGACCAAGUGCAGCAGCUGCCUGAAGGCGAUCGCCCCCUCGGAGUUCAUCAUGCGGGUGCUGGAGAACGUCUACCACGUCCACUGCUUCUUCUGCUGCGAGUGCGAGCGGCGGCUGCAACGGGGAGACGAGUUUGUGCUCAAGGAGGGGCAGUUGCUGUGCCGCAGCGACUAUGAGAAGGAGAAGGAGAUGCUGAGCGCCAUCAGCCCCACGCCCACCGAGUCGGUGAAAAGUGAGGAUGAGGAGGGGAGCCACUCCCAUGGCAGAGGCAGCGAGGAAGGCAAGGACCACAAGCGCUCCAAGCGCCCACGCACCAUCCUCACCACGCAGCAGCGACGGGCUUUCAAGGCCUCUUUCGAGGUUUCCUCCAAACCCUGCAGAAAGGUGCGAGAGACUCUGGCGGCUGAGACAGGCCUGACGGUCCGGGUAGUACAGGUCUGGUUCCAGAAUCAAAGAGCCAAGAUGAAGAAGAUCGCUCGCCGGCAGCAGCAGCAGCAGCAACAGCAGGAGCAGGAGCAACUGGGCAACCCGCGUUUGGGGGCUGGCCGCGGGACGGGCCGCAGCAGCAGACAGAGCAAUGAUGACAGUGAAGAUGGAGCAAGUGUUCAUGGACUAGAUGGGCUCAUGGUCCCAUACCCCAGGAUUCCCCAGCAGCAGCUGCUGCCGCUGGAUCAGAACAGCUACAGCACAGACUUGUACAGACAAGGGCUCACGCCACCCCAGCUGCCGGGAGACCAUCUGCAUCCCUACGACUCGGAAGGCGUUUUCCAUGACAUGGACAGCGACAGCAUCAGCCACUUGGGAGACUGCCUGCUGUCAAGCGGGGAAGCCAACCUCCUGCAAGCCCGUGUGGGGAACCCCAUCGACCGGCUCUACUCCAUGCAGAGCUCCUACUUCACCUCCUGACCGUGGACAAAGCCCCGGUUCAUUGGGACGCGCCUGGACAGUCUCUGCUCUGAAUUCACAAUGAGCAGCAGGGAGGAAAAACCCUCCCAAGAAGUUCUUUGAACCCUGCGCAAUGACGGGGGGCUGGGUUUGCCACACACAGAAGUACUAAUUCAGGAGGACCUUCCACACCUGAGAACUCCACUGCCCUGCCUCGCCCUCCUUUCCUCUCGCCACCGCCACGCAGGUGGUAGGAUGUCGUUUAGUUGUUUGUCCCGUGUCCCGUCUUCAAAUGAGACUGGCUCAGCUGCCCAGAGUCAGGCUUGGAAGCAGCAUCGCCUCUGUCGGUUGCAGUUACUUAAACCUCGGUGCAACCCAUUCAGUGGUGGUGCCUGUGUCCUGCCUCCACCUGGCCUGCAUCCUUUUCCUUGGGGACAGUCACCGACUGAGGAUGCCCCUGCCUGAGAUUCCUGCCACUUUGGAGGCUGCCUCAAGGGGGCUGAUUUAGGCUUUUUAAAGGCUGACACCAUGGAGAAAUGCCAGAGUGGAUGGUCCCUGGGGGCCAGGGCUUUGCUUGGGUAUUUGCCCCUAGGAACAAAAGAUUUGUUGGUCUUUGUUAUGAUGUGAGGAAGCCAAGAACACAUCCCGAAGAGAGAGACGCAUCUAGAACGCCUAGCAGCCCCUCCCGGCUCCCUCUCGGAGGAGGCCCACUCCCUCGGUUCCAAGUAGAAGGAAGAUCUCGCUCUCGCAGCCGUCGCGCUGCCGAUGCUGUCUGCACAGGCGGCUGUUUGUUUCUUUUAAACAAAUGGUGUGAACAGAAAUUAUUUCCAAAAGUUCUUACCGGCUUUCCCCCCCCCUCCCCCGCCUGGGGUUCCAUCUCCAGUGGGAUUCCCCUCCCUCACUGUCCACCCAGGUCACGGCCCAGCAUUAAGCUCCCCUCGCGAGUGAGAAGAGGAAAGUGUUCAGUGAGUUUCUGGGAACGUGCCCUGCGCCGAGCCUCUUCCACGCCCAGGGGCUGAGUUCCUUCGUGGCGCUGAAGGCAAUAGCUACAACGCCCAGAUUCUGCUGCGCGACAGAGAAUUUCUUCUGUGGACGGGAAGGAGCAACAUGUUUUUCCAAGCAGGGACGUCUGGCAAGCUCUCGGUGCAGGGCUGGGGAUCAGGAGGCAGGUUCAGGGUUAUAGCACCGACGGUUUAUAAAAGAUGCAGCGGACAGCAGCGGGAGAGAGUGAGUGGAAGUUUAAAUCAGAGAUUUAAGGUGAAAAUUCUUUACUCACUCGCCCAGUAUUUCAUGUUUCCAAUGCUACACCGGCAGAAAUGGCCCAUGGUUCCCUGUCAGUCCCCUUUUGCCCAGGCUGGUGGAUGAAGAGCCUCCCGAAUCUGCCUUCCUUCAGUUGUUCAAACACUCCCUGAGAAGAGGAUGUCGCCAAUGGAAAGUGAUAGCUUGGAUGUUUAAACCCUGAGCCCUAGCAUUGCAAAUCCAGCAGAGAACCUGGCUCUCUGAAGUUUCUGGAUGUCGUGUUGAUUUUGGUUCUAAGUUCCUCUGCCUUCUCCGUCUGGUUCCAAAGUUAGGCAAACCCUUCUCAAAAGGAGAGGCAGGAAAGGCUACAUAGUUAGUAUUGCUGUAUUGCCUGGGGGUGGGGCAUUUGUGAACAUUAAUACUCAUGAGCUUUGAGAGCACAGGAGACCCAUUCCCAACAUGUAUUGACCUCUGUCAGGAGCUCCCCAUCUAGUCAAGGGACUGGGCACAUAACUGAACUAAAACCUGCCUAAAACUCACACCAUCAUUGCUUCCCCCGCUAAUACAGGCGUAUAAAUGUGCCAUUCACCCACUGGCAGGCCCUUUCCCCUUUGUUUACGAGACUUUACUUUUUAUCUGUAUUCUCCCUCCAUCAUCACAGCAGUAUUGGAUAAUUUUUUACGUUCAGGCAGUUGUGUAAAUAGUUUACAGACAUUUUGAUGUUUCAUUUAAGGGGACCUGGCAAUUUGUGAGUUACCUCCAGCCACACAGGCAAGUUCUAUGGAAGCAGGGUUUCUCUGCUCCUUCCAGACGGAGUUGCUGCGCUCAGUCCAUCUCCACCUGUUGCAUGUCCAUCCGCCCAUAAGAAAUGAGAUGCUAAUUCCCAGCUUUCUUUCUUUCUUUCUUUCUUUCUUUCUUUCUUUCUUUCUUUCUUUCUUUCUUUCUUUCUUUCUUUCUUUCUUUCUUUCUUUCUUUCUUUCUGUGGCUUUUGCACUAGAAAUGGUCUCAGUUUAGAUUAAGUUUUACGAGAAUGUUUCAGUGAAUCACGUGCAAAUUGAUGUUUCCUCCAAGUGCUGGAGGCAGCUUCACCUCUGCAAUCCUACCCUUGCUCCCAUUGUGAUCCAGUGCUGUAACGUGCCAGUGUUUUUGCAUGUACAUUUGGAAAU